AUGGCGGCCGGCCGCUCGAAGAGCCGAGGCAAGCAGUCAGGCAGCCAAAGCAAGAGGGAUUCCCGAAGCCGUGAACGCGACAGAGAUCCUGAAAGGGAUGGACGCCGAGAAAAGCGCGAUCGAGGUGGCAGUCGUGAUCCCGACAAAGACCGCGAGAAGGAAAAAGACGGAAGUCGCAGCCGUGACCGCGACAAAGACCGCGAGAAGGAGAAAGAUGGCAGUCGCAGCCGAGAUCGCGACAAAGACCGCGAGAAGGACAAAGAUCGCAGUCGUAGCCGCGAUCGUGACAAAGAACGCGAAAGGGACAAAGACCGCAGCCGCAGCCGUGAACGUGACAAAGACCGUGAUAGGGACAGGGAUCGCGACAGAGGAAGUAGUCGCCAACGCGAUCGAGACCGAGACAGGGGAACUUCACGGGGACGAGACCAAGAUAGAGAUCGCGACAGAGGCGAUCGCAGAGACCGUCGGGAUCGCGACGCACGUGAUCGCGAUCGUGACAGAGGCGAUCGGCGAGAUCGAAGGUCACGAUCGAGGUCACCGAGGCGGUCGCCAAGACGAUCCCCAAGGAGGUCGCCACGGCGUUCGCCACGACGUUCACCACGGCGUUCGCCACGGCGGUCGCCACGGCGGUCUCCACGACGGUCUCCCCGACGAUCUCUGCGGCGGUCUCCUCGGCGGUCAGCAAGGCGAUCUCCCAGGCGAUCAUCCCGGUCUCCUCGACGCCGUUCGCCACGUCGCAGAAGCCGUGACCAAGGCAAUGACAGAGGAAAGGAUGGCGACAAACGUCGAGAACGCGAUGGUGGUAGCCCGAAGGGUCGCGGCGGUGCCAAGGCAGCACGGCUCGCAGCUCUCGAGUCCAUCAAACGGAAGCGCGUCAAGAGCGGGAGCGGCAGCAAGAGCAGCAGCCACAGCAGCAGCUCCAGCAGCUCAACAGCAAGCGGCGAGAAGAAGAAGAAGAAGCAAAAGGGCGCGAGCGACGCCAAUGGCGACGUGAUUGAGGUCAUCGAGGAUGCCAAGCCGCUUCCUCCCUCCACUGCAGCUGUCAUUGCUGCAGAGAUGGAGGUUCUAGCCGUCGAACUCAGCAAGCUUGGUGUGAAAGAACUGAAGGACUUGCUGGGAGAUGCUGGCGUGUCCUUUGCUGGUGCUACAGAGAAGGAGGACUUGGUCAGGCUCCUGACCAAGGCUCGAGCACAGUCGAAAGCCAACGACGUCAAGUUCGUCGCCUCGCGACAGUGGCAGAGAGUUCCGGACGGAGUAGCUUUGCCACCCGGCCUUGAGGUGAAAUUUGACAUGGAGCGCGGAUGCAACUAUGCUCGCAUACCGGCAGAGAAGAAGAAGUGA